UCGCGACUUCAGUCUGCGACUGGCAACCGCGCGUGUAACAUCGUCCCUUCCUGUUCCUUCUCCGGAUCGCGCUCGCUUCUUCUCUGCCGCCGCUCUCUCCGGGAGAGCAGCCACUCAUCGCCUCGAGAGAGACUCGGAGUUUUCUUUUUUUUUCUUUUUUUUCCCCUCUCUUUUCUCUCAGGUAGCGUCAAGAGAGGGACGUGCGAGAGUCGACGGGAAACGUCCCGUUCUCCUCUUUUCCUCCGACCCGUCGUGAAGGGAUUUCCGGCUGGUGUAUCUGGUUGGGACGGUUUCGCGGGGAAACGGGUGAGAAAGCGAGAAAGGUGGAUAAGAUGAUCGUGACGACGAUGAUCCACCGGCAGCGGACGAUCUACCGUCGCGCUUUACCGGGACGAUCUUGAGGCGGUCGAAUGUGCAGCGACGCGCGGAGGAUAACGACGAGGGACGACGGGACGCUGUUCCCACGACGCCGGCGGAAUUGCUGAUUCGCCGUUUCCGAGUCGAGUGCUCUCAUGAAGUCAUCACUCAGUGGAGAACAUGGAGACCGAUUGCUUAUCGAUAAUCGCUAGGCUGUGCAUACUGCUGAUGCUGUUCGGUCCGGUCGCGGAUGUCCACUCGCUCGACAUACGAUCAUGCAACCAGUCCUUGGGGAUGGAGUCAGGCGACAUACCGGAUUCAGCUAUCACUGCGUCCUCAUCGUAUGUGACGAACGUCGGACCGCGAAAUGGCCGAUUGCGGAAGGAGACCGCCGGGGGUGCCUGGUGCCCAAAGAGCCAGAUAGAGAAAGGGGUCCGCGAAUGGCUUCAGGUCGACCUACUGGGUGCCCACGUCGUCACCGGUGUGCAGACACAGGGCCGUUACGAUCACGGCCGCGGUCAGGAGUACGUCGAGGAUUACACCUUGGAGUAUCGACGUCCCGGCUUCAUCGAGUGGCGGCGAUAUAAGCGCUGGGACAACAAGGAGGUUUUGGUCGGCAACAGCGACACCUCCACCGUCAUGUCGCACAGACUGAUCCCGCCUAUUUUCGCCAGCCAAAUCCGGAUCCUGCCGCACUCGGAACACAGACGCACGGUAUGCCUUCGCAUCGAGCUGAAAGGAUGCCGUGACACGAGCGGCGUGCUGAGCUACACCAUCCCGGACACCUCGAUGCCGGAGCUCAGCGACGUCUCGUACGACGGUAAGAGGCAGGACAACUUGUUGACCGAUGGCUUGGGCUGCCUAAUCGAUGGCGAGGUCGGCGCGGAUAAUUACAGGCAGGACAUGGGAGACGGAAAAGGCACGGGUUGGGUCGCUUGGCUGCGCGACACUUUCGUGGAGAACUUCGUGGAGCUCAUCUUCGAGUUCGAAGCAACGCUGGUCUUCGAGGCGGUGCACAUCUAUACCAACAAUUAUUUCUCGCGGGACGUGCAGGUGUUCUCCAAAGCGGACAUCUGGUUCAGCGCCGACGGCGAGACCUACGAGGACGAGCCAUUGCCUUACUCCUACAUACCAGACCUGGUGCUGGAGAACGCCCGGAACGUCUCGAUCGGUCUCCACGGACGACGCGGCCGCCUACUCAAGUUGCACCUGUACUUCGCCGCGCGAUGGAUCAUCAUCAGCGAAGUGAUGUUCGACGCGACGAAUCCCUACGAAAACACCACGGAGGAGGCGGCGUCCGAGUUCAGCAACCGGGAAAUUCCAGUCAACCCCGAAGUGGAUCUCAACUUGCAAACGAUUACAGCGCCGGGAGACGGUCAAGAAUACCUGGAAGUGUUGAUCGGGGUACUUACUGCCAUUAUACUGCUGCUGCUGUUGGUCUUCUUCAUCAUCUUAUUCCUGAACCGACGGCAGAAGCUGCAGAGCUCCCCGACGGUGUUGAAGAAUCCGUUCGGCUUCGCCAUCAAUAUGAAGGGUCUUUUACUGAAUUUGACGCCCGGCGGGAUGCUGACGGCGGAAACCGCCAAUCAUGUAUCACCGGACAUACCGGAAGACGUGAGCAUGCACGAGUCACUCACCAUGGAGCAGUUUAACUCGCCGCUCGUCAGCCCUCAGUACAAGUCCACGUACGCAAUUGUAGCGAGCUCCGAGUCCCCGAAGGACUUCCAGAACAUAGAAAUCCCGGAAGAGAGCGUACGACUGGACGCGCGACCGGAGUCUGCGGUCGGCCCGUCCAGCUGCUCCUCGUCGCCGACUAACUCGCCGGCUCGUCAUUCCCAGCACUACAGGACUCUUCAAAGUUACAGCAGUCCAACUAGGAAACUCAAUAUCGCGGUUACGCCCAAUCACCAAAGGGAUGUCGAUCAGGUUCACUCGAAGCGCUGGCACACAGCGCCAAAGGAGAAGCACAAGAUACCAGCGCCCGUCGUCAAUUGGAACAUCGCACCUAGUAUGAACAAGCCGUACAAGUGCAAGGAAAUAGAGCCAACCAAUAUACCACGACAGUGCCUACGAACGACGGAGAAACUCGGCUCGCAGAACGUAGGAGAGGCUAUAAUAUGCGAAGCGGUGGGUCUGGACGAGGUCGUGUCCUGCGCUCCCCGAUUAGUCGUCGCCCGAGUGCCUCUGUGCACCGGCGGUGACAUUCGGACUAACAACGCGGUCGACCAGAUGAGGGAGGUGCGAUUUCUAUCGUGCCUAUCCGACCCGAACGUGGCGCGAGUUCUGGGGGUGUGCGCGGUCGAGCCGGUGCCGUGGACGAUCAUCGAGUACACCGAGCUUGGGGAUCUCGCUCAUUACCUGCAGUACAGCGUACCGCUCACGGGAACGCUCAGGCCGAAUUGCAACUUGAAAGCUCUCAGUCAGAGUUGCCUGCUGUACAUGGGAACGCAGAUAGCGUCCGGAAUGAGAUUCCUCGAGUCGAAGAAUCUGGUACACAAGGACCUGGCGGCCAGGAACUGUCUCGUGGGUCGUUCCUACACCGUCAAAGUGACCGACAUUGCGAUGUGCAGUGAUCUUUACAGAAAAGAUUACAGCGAUAUCGGGGGUAGACCGCCCGCGCCAAUCCGGUGGCUACCAUGGGAGAGCAUUCUACUGGACAGGUACACGUGCUCGAGCAGCAUCUGGUCUUUCGCCGUGACGCUCUGGGAGGUGAUGAGCUUGGCCAGGGAGAAGCCCUUCCAACACUUAUCGAAUGAUCAAGUUAUUCAGAACGCCGAGCAUAUGUAUUACGGAGCGGAGCUGCAAAUACUUCUACCGAAACCAACCAUGUGUCCGGAGGAGGUGUAUCGGAUGAUGUGUUCAUGUUGGAGAAGAGACGAGACAUCGCGACCAACCUUCAAGGAUAUCUACACGUUCCUGAAGAACAUAAUAGCGGACUAUCGACCCGGUGCAUAAGAGUAAUCUCGAGUAAACUGUGAUACGGAAACGGACGUCUCCUUCGGAUGCGACGACGACGACGACGACGACGACGACGACGACCCUCUUCUCCCCCUGCCCGCCCUUAAGAUGGGUGGUCGAGGCUCGCGCGAGAUCAGAUGUCUCGAUCGACCUCGAUCUCGGUCAGAGGUCCUCCGGGAAAUGUACAAUCGUUAGUUUUUAGACGCACGUAUGUGUCGAAGACGAGCUCGCGCCACGACACGUUCUCCGAUGCGUGUGUCCCUCCUUCUCCUCUCUUCCUAUUCCUCCUCUUCCUCCUCCUCUCUUUUCCAACUAAAAGGUUCAACAGAGAUUGCGAAAAUCGCGACCACAAACGCGGCUCGGCAACGAUAGGAAGAAACGAUCUCCCGCGAACGUUAUCGCUCUAUCGUCCGGACGAGAAGACGAUAACGUAGUCGACAUCGUGAUCGGAGCGAGCACGUCGUCGACACAGGGAGCGCGAGAGAGACGUCCGAGUAUCACGCGCAAUAUUUGUUCAUCCAGAUACGCGAGAUAAUCUCGUCUCUCUCGUCGCCGAGCGCGACAACUGCGUUCUUCGAUCGCGUGCGUAAGUGAGUACGUGCGUAUGUCGUACGUGCGUACGUGCGAUCAACCUCGUCUGGACGUCUAAUGGAACUUCAUGGAAUAUUUUCUAGUCAGUACGAGUCUUUGAUUCUCACGGAAGUGCUAUCGUGUACAGUAUUCUGACAUUAAUAAUGUGUAAUAUGUAACUAUGCUACUAUGCUCAGUACCGAAUACAAAAGUCUAUCCAUUUGUACAUACGAAGGUCUAGGUCUUAAAUGAUAGGUGAGCGGAAAUUUUUACGGCAGUAGGUGUGUCACGACGGUUCGCCACAGUUCGUUUAGCCCGGGGCUCCCCCCCUCCCCUCCCGACAACCCCUGCACGGAGAGAAUUUUGUAAUACAAAUUAUUAUUGAAUUUCUCCCAACCGGCGAAAACACCACGACGUUCCGCCUCAAUUUGUUAUCCUCAUAUUUCUUGUGUGCUACUUACUUAGGAUUGGAUAAAUUAUUGGAAAAAUUAAUGUACUUUUUUUCAACUAAAUUAAGUCUAAAAUUAAUAUCUUGUAAAAUAAACUUUGUUAGAUUAACAUUAAUAUACAUAAGUAAAAACCAACUUAAUAAAAAGUUGGAAUAAAAUUGAAUUAGCUUGUUGAAACUAAAAGUUAUUUAUGCAAAGCGAUAUAUGUAUAUGUUUUUUGCAUAAUUAACUUUUUAAUCAUAGCUUAAAUUUAUGUGAAAUAAUAAAAGAGUAGUCUUUAUAAGAAAAUACCGACUGUCUUCUGUUCAGGAUUCCACACAAAAAGAAAAACAUUGAAAGUCUGAGAUAUGAAGAGAUGCUACUGGUAUUAUUUCUGACUUUUUUUACAUUGUAAGUGGCCCACAAUGAUAUUAAUAUCGAUAAAAUAUUUCAAUUUAUAUAAAAAAGUUAAUAAGUUAAAGUUGACGUAAUUAAAAAAAAUAAUUUAAAUUAAAAAACUAGUUUAAAUGAAAAAUUGACUUAUUCAAAACUAAGUUAAAAGUCAUGGACUUUAUAUUUUAAGAACUGAUGUGUGACUAUUAAAAAAUUUGCUAUAUUCCUUAGCCAGAUAAACUCCACCGAUAUAAUCCACACUUACAUCGCUGGGAAAUACGGUAAAAUUGAAAAGAAUUUAUAUGACAAGAGAAAACCCAAGACAAGACAUAAUUAUCAUAUAUGUAUAAUUAUAGGAUGCUACAAUAUCCUCUCCGUGUACGGGAAAGUUUUACACACAUUCUCUCUUUCUCUUUCUUUCUCGGACUCUUCCUCGCUGGCACAGUUUUGCGCGGAAAACUACGCGAGGCCGCGUAAACCGUAACUGUUUUCCAACUUAAUUCGCAAACGCGGCGGAUUAAUUGCUCAAAGUGUAAAAAGAAAAAUAAAGCAUCCGUGGGCAAAAAGUACAGCAGAAACUAGGCACUUCUCGCGAGCGAUAUCUCGCGAGCGAGAAUAGAUGUUUAGUCGGUAAAAGAGAGAAGAAGAAAAUACACACAGGUGUGCGCGCGAACGCGAGCGCGAGAUAAUUUCGUUUGUACACAGCUUGGCCGUCUUUACCACACGCCCUAAAAAUUUCGAACUUAGUAGACUUGUACAUUUCAAGUGGCCAUCAGUAGCGAGUACUUAUCAUCCUCCAUUGUUCGUUUUUCCACUCGGGAAACUGUACUGUGUUGUAAGAGACGUAGGGUUUCGCGCGUGUGUUCUUCCCGAGAGCAUAACAUGAGCGCACCUAUCUUCCACUCGUUUUUAUUUACGAUUAAGCGCAUGAGAAAAUGCUAAAGGACAUUCUAGCGACCUGAGUAUCAUGCUUUGGAAGGAAUCAAUAAAAAUUAAAACAACGCCACACACGCACACACACGUGUCUGUUGAAUUUUUCCGACCGUUGUGCACGGUGGAGGAGCCUGCCUGAACGAGCGACGUGAAAUGAGAGAUCUCGUGUAAGAAACGAAACGAAAAGAGAGAAGAAUGACUAAUUGAUUUAUGCUUUCGAUUUGUCAGCGGCGAAUACCCGUAGUAUUAAUCGUUCGCGAAGUUACAUUGUAAUUUUAACACGAUACAUGUAUUGUAAUUCGACGUGUCUUAUUUUUCGUCCUGUAAUUGAUUCGUGUGUCAUUACAAAGUAUGUGCGACGACUCGCAGACAUGCGAUGAUGGAUAAAAGAAUAAAUUUGGGAGAGAGUAACGUUCGAACGUCCUGACCUUUGUUAUCCGAGCACAGAUCGGACAAACAGGUUGCCAGACGCAUCUUAUCGACGAUAAUUGUUUGUUAAUUUUACGAGUAUCAGAUGUGAACAAGCAAGCUGGAUAUCGAUCUCAAUCGACGGUUCAAUCUCAGCUCGCGAGAGUGCCUGAUAAUGAAUCGAUUUCUGCAGGGACAACAACGUGUGAAGCUAUGAGGUAAUGGAAAGUUCUUCCACUUCCUCUACACUCCUUUUUCACUCCUCUGCAAGAAAAGAUCUCACUAUAGAUCUCGAAGAUAUUUCCCUCCGUUCGUCCGAUAGACCCUCUAACCUUCUUAUCUCGAGCAAGGACAGUUCUCAAAUGUAAAUGUCAAAAGAUUCCGCUCAUAAAGUGCUCCGCUGAUUCAUUGUACGAAAUAGUGAAAGAGAGAGAUCGACACACGAUAAAGUUCUAUUUUAAACACUUUGAGCGUACUGAGAGAAAAAAUGGUUGAUCCCAUCGAAAAGUACAGUUAUUUUGGGCGCCAACUAUAUCUUCUUGUUGUUGUAAUAAAAAAGUGUAGUAACACUGAAAGAAUAUAUUUGAAAAUUUAUUUAAUUUAUUUUAAUAUACAAAGUUUAUUUCUGCACUGAGGGAAAAAUUAUCUUA